GGCGGCCGGCUCUGGGCCAAUGACGGCCCCCGGCGGGGACAUUUUUCCGCGGAGGGCGGGACUUCCGGCUUCCUUGCUGGCGGACGUCACUUGCGUGCGACGGUUCCGUCCACGCCAGCUGUGCGGUGGGCAUUGGCGGUCUGUGGCCGUUUCGAGUGCGCCUCUUCGCGAAUGACCGGAAGGGAGGCUAGGACUCGCCUCCGCUCCUUUGCGCGAGUCGGGAGCCUCCUUGUGAUCGAUCCCUUUUCCCGGGCAGAGAAGACGUGUCGGUCGGCCGAGCCCGCGGGACCCGUCUCAGGGGCCGCCUGUCCCGGCGCCCGCUGUCUCCUCGGGGGCCCAUGAUGGCGGCAGCGUGGAUGGAGGCGGCGCGGGUGUCUGUGACCUUCGAUGAUGUGGCUGUGACGUUUACCCAGGAGGAGUGGGCACAGCUGGACCCAGCUCAGCGGACCCUGUACCAGGAGGUGAUGCUGGAAAACCGUGGGCUGCUGGUGUCUCUGGGGUGUCCGGUUCCCAGACCUGAGCUGAUCUGCCAGCUGGAGCACGGGCAGGAGCUGUGGAUGGUGCAGAAAGACCUCUCCCAAAGCACCUGUCCAGGCGAAGGAUACAGAUUAGAAGGGGGCCUGGAGGUGUUCCAACCGCGAAGUUUCCAUGUCUUCAGCAGCUCCUUACCUCCCAGGAUCGAUGUGUGGCCGUCUGUGCCCGAAGAUUCAUCAACCAGCGAAAUUCAGCAGAGCCUCGGUGACAGAGGGAAACCCAAGACCAGAGAACCUAGCCCUUGGGAGCCAGCCGUCUCUGAGGGAGCCUCCCUCCGGGAACCAACACAAGGAGGCCUAGGGGACCCCCAGUCGGGACAAACCAAGGAUCAGGAUGGGCCAUCGGUAGUGCAGGAAGGGCCCUUUGGACGAGGGAUAGCCUCCCAGAGGGGGAAGCUUCCUGGGAAAGUGAGUCCUGAACAUGGCCGCUCAGGGACAGCUGAUGGUGUGAGUUCACGGGGUGUGCAGGAGCCCUUCCCUCCAGGAGGAGCUGUCCGUGACCGUGACUCAGGUGGAUCAGGUAAAGAUGCCAUGAUCCAGGAAGAGGAAAAUAUCUUUAAGUGCAACGAAUGCGGGAAAGUGUUUAACAAGAAACACCUUCUUGCUGGGCAUGAAAAGAUUCACUCUGGGGUGAAGCCAUAUGAAUGCACGGAGUGUGGGAAAACGUUUAUUAAGAGCACGCACCUGCUCCAGCACCACAUGAUCCACACUGGGGAGAGGCCCUACGAGUGCAUGGAGUGCGGCAAGGCCUUCAACCGCAAGUCCUACCUCACGCAGCACCAGCGGAUCCACAGUGGAGAGAAGCCGUACAGGUGCAGUGAGUGCGGAAAGGCCUUCACCCACCGCUCCAAUUUUGUCUUACAUAAGAGGAGACACACCGGGGAGAAAUCCUUCGUGUGCAAAGAAUGUGGGCAGGUCUUCCGACAUAGGCCCGGAUUCCUUCGACAUCACAUCGUCCACAGCGGCGAGAAUCCGUACGAGUGCUUUGAGUGCGGCAAGGUCUUCAAACACAAGUCGUACCUCGUGUGGCACCAGCAGACACACACCGGGGAGAAGCCCUAUGAGUGCAGCGAGUGCGGCAAGGCCUUCUGUGAGAGCGCCGCCCUCAUUCACCACUACGUCAUCCACACCGGGGAGAAGCCCUUCGAGUGCCUCGAGUGCGGGAAGGCCUUCAACCACAGGUCCUACCUCAAGAGGCACCAGCGGAUUCACACCGGGGAGAAGCCUUUUGUGUGCACCGAGUGUGGAAGGGCCUUCACCCACUGCUCCACCUUCAUCUUGCAUAAAAGGGCCCACACUGGCGAGAAGCCCUUUGAGUGUAAAGAAUGUGGAAAAGCCUUUAGCACUCGGAAAGAUCUCAUUCGGCACUUCAGCGUCCACACUGGGGAGAAGCCCCAUGAGUGCACGGAGUGCGGGAAGGCCUUUAACCGCAGGUCAGGCCUGACGAGGCACCAGCGGAUUCACAGUGGCGAGAAGCCCUAUGAAUGCAUGGAGUGUGGGAAAUCCUUCUGCUGGAGCACCAACCUCAUUCGACACGCCAUCAUCCACACGGGAGAGAAGCCUUACAAGUGCAGUGAGUGUGGAAAGGCCUUCAGUCGCAGCUCCUCCCUCACUCAGCAUCAAAGGGUUCAUACUGCGAAACCCUGUCAGCGUGACAGAUGUGGGAAGACCCUUCCCAGGUGACCAAACCUCAGCCACCCUCCGAGAACUCCUGCUGGGAAAAGACUUUCUGAAUGUAAACCCCGAGGAGACUCUUUUGCAGGAGAAAACAUCUACCACAACGUCUGAUCAUACAUACCAAAGAGAAACCC